AUGUCUGCAACUUCUGUCUUGAAUAUCCCUCCUUCAAAGUCGACGGUCUCUGUUUCCAUCAUCGACACAACCCUCAAUGGCGAUCUUCCCACGGCACCCUUCAUGGGCCCUACCAUGAACGGCUUCGAGAGGUGGUACGGCGUAGGCUACGCAUUUCUAGUGACGCACCAGGACUCUGCUGGAAAGAUUAGACGCGUAGUCCACGCACACCCGGAUCACAUUGGCCGCCCGUCACUCUUCCCCUCCACAGCAUCGCUGAUCGUCGGCCCAGGGGUGAAGGAGGCGUAUUUCCCUGGCUACCCAACCAUCCCAGACGCACCCGUCCUCGCUCGCGAGUUCGAGGGCCGCGAAGUGCGUGAGCUAGACUUUGCUUCCACUAGGAUUGAAAUCGGGGGACUCAAGGCGCUGGAUUACUUCAACGAUGGGAGUUUCUACCUCCUCUCGGCGCCGGGCCACGCUAUUGGGCACAUCAACGCCCUGGCUCGUACGACGGAAGAUAGUUUCAUGUACUUUGCAGGCGACUCCUUCCACCACAGCUCCGUCCUGAGACCGCACGGCGGCGCGACGCUACCAGAGGAAAUCCAGCUGCCGGGCCACAGUUGCUGUUCCGGACGGGCGUUUCACGCAGUCCACCCCGUGGCUGGUAACUCUGCCGCCCUGGGGCCCUACAGCAAGGUCCUAGGGGAGGCGGGGAGCGACGCGAAUGGGGUCCCGUUCCAUGCGCUGCCUGAGGGUGGGAUAUUUAUGGAUUUGGAGGCUUCGAGGGAGACGGUGCGUGCUAUUCAGAGGUUUGAUGCGAGUCCGGAUGUGUUUGUUGUGGCGUCGCAUGAUAGUAGUUUGUUUAGCGUUGUGGAGGUUUUCCCGGCGGAUGGGAGACGGUGCCAGCACCCAAUCGGGGAUGUUGUUGCGCUGGAUGUCCAGCUCAUAAACGCCGUCGAUCGUGCCAGAAGGGCUAGCGCAAGCCUCGACGCGGUCAUCGAAGAAUUGUUUGAAGGCAAUUCGACCGAAACACAAAGUCAGCGUAGUUGA